GGUCUGUCUGUGCGUCGUAUUAUUUCGUGAGUGAAGUGUGUGUAUGUAUUUUGCUUUCUUACUCAGGUGGCCGCGUAAAUCUACACUGAUGUAGCCUCAAAAGUGUGUAUAUAUAUGGUGAACCAGCGAGUGACGGAUAACUGGCGCAGCUGUCCAGCCGUGCACCAUGUAUCCAGUACAGCCGAUGUACACUCCAGGGAACCAGUUCAAUUUCGAGGUGCAUGGUCAGUCCUAUUACCCCAACAGCCAUGUGAAAUACCAUGACAAAUCUCUUCCUAUGGAGAAACCGUUCAGCUAUGAUUUCUUUACAAAAAACCUCUCAAGCCGUGUCACAUCAAACAACAGCAGCAGUCACCUCCAUCACCAAGACAACAGCAAUAACAAUAGCAACAACAACCACAACAGUAGUAGUAACAAUAAUAACAACAACAGCAACAAUCUUCAUCAAUGCAACAGCCGGGGUGAACGACUCUCUUCAGAAGAGAAGCAGUAUUACUGCGGCUUCUGUAAAAAGUUUUUCGCCCAAAGGAGCCAACUGGAAGCUCACGAGAUGACACACUUAGAGAAGACGUUCAGCACUUCAUUCUUCAGUCGAGCUUUUCCACUUCAACAUUCUUCUGACUUCAAGAACUUCGAUCAAGUAACAAUGGAUCGUUCUUUUGGCCUCCCCAGUAACUUCGACAACGAGGCCGACCACAAUAACAAUCCAAACUCCAUGUUCUCCAGUCGUUCCGCAUUUCCGUUUUAUUCUUCUCAUUCUCAUCUUCACAGCCAAGGCAUCCCAAGAGACACGAAGGACAUAGACCUUAGUCGUUCCCAUGGUGACAAUACGGCAGGAGCAGCUUCAGUUGGGUUGACGUCAGCUGAUAAAUUAUUCAAUUGUGAUAUUUGUGGAAAGGCCUUUGCACAGCGGACCAAUCUGGCAAACCACCGACGGAUCCACACGGGUGAAAGGCCCUUUACUUGUUUGGAGUGUGGAAAAUCUUUUAGCCAACAAGGGAACUUGAAGAUACAUGCACGAACACAUUCCGGAGAGAAACCUUUUAACUGUGAAACCUGUGGUAAAUCCUUUAGCCAGAGAACUAACCUCGACAACCAUCGGCGUGUCCAUUCUGGAGACUUGUUCAACUGUCGCUUCUGCUCGAAAGCGUUUUCUCUGCAAAUUAAUCUCCGCAACCAUGAACGGGUCCACACUGGCGAGAAGCCCUUUAAAUGUACUUACUGUCCGAAAAUGUUUAGCCAACAAGGAAAUCUGAGAACUCAUUUAAGAACUCACACAGGGGAAAAACCCUAUCACUGCGACACUUGUGGUAAGUCGUUUUGUCAAAAAAUAAACUUAGAUAAUCACCGUCGAAUUCACACUGGAGAUCUGUUUAAGUGUUCGUUUUGCUCGAAAGCUUUCUAUCAGCAAAUCAAUCUACGUAACCACGAACGCAUCCACACAGGCCAAAAGCCAUACCACUGUGCAUAUUGUGACCGCACUUUCUGCCAACAGACAGAAUGGAAAAACCACGAACGAGUUCAUACCGGAGAAAAGCCAUUCGUUUGUGCAGUUUGCGGGAAAGCAUUUAGUCAACAGGGGAACCUGAAGAUUCAUUUGAGGACCCAUACUGGAGAGAAACCUUACAGUUGUAUGGACUGUGGAAAGGCAUUUUGCCAGAAGAUCAACCUGGACAACCAUCGACGCACUCACACGGGGGAGCUGUUUAAAUGCACAAUGUGCUCGAAAGCGUUCACUUUGCAGAUCAGUUUGAAGAACCACGAACGGGUGCACACGGGGGAGAAACCAUUCAUCUGCACAGUGUGCCAGAAAGCAUUUAGUCAACAAGGGAAUCUCAAGACGCACAUGCGCAAACAUACGGGUGAGAAGCCUUUUUCCUGCAAUGUCUGCGGGAAGGCCUUUUCCCAGAGGGGAAACCUCAAUCACCACCGAAGAACACACACAGCAGCGGAAUUAACUGCAAAGUUCUCGUUAACCUCCCCAGCAGCUGCUGCAGUUGCACUGAACAAACCAAAUGAUAGAAGUAACAACAACAACGAUAAUAACAAUAAUAAUAAUAAUGGCAGUAGUACACCAAUUAAAUCUUCAGUCGGGUCACCACCAUUGACACCGGCUGGACUAACAUCACCCUAUCCAAACAGGGACAAUAAACUCUUUCAAAGGAAUAUCGGGGGUUUGAAAUCGAGUCUUGACCUCAGUAGUAUUGGUGGCAGCCCCGAUCCCGAUGGACCUCUCCAUAAUUCAUCACUGAUUGAUGGGUCCAUCAGCUCAGGGACUGGAAUAUUAAAAGACCGUCUAAGGGACCAACAGGCCCUCAGUGCCUCGGCACGUCUACAAGCUUCUGCAAUGACGUCAUCGUGGAUGGCUUCCCCUUACCUACAAGAUAUGCCACAAAGCUGGGAAAAUAAUUACCUGUGGUCGCGAAGUUUCGCCAUGCCGCCCAUGACAACCUCUUACUGGCCGAAUGUACCGGCCCCGUUGCCAUGCGGAAGUAUGAAGCAGGGCAGGCAAAGUCCUUGGACCAGCAUUCAGGGAAUGCACACUUCCCAAAAAUGUGCAAUCGAUGCGCAAAAUCAGUGCAUGAAGUGAUGCGUCGCCAAGACAUGUCGCAAUCGUGAAACGGAAGAAAAUAGUUAAAUAUAUAAAAAAAAAACAUUUGUAUCUUCACACCAAGCAACAACAACAACAACAUCAACAAAAGCAAUAUGAUGCCCAAUUAAAGCAUUUGAACUUUGAAAUAAUUAAUUUAGGUUGUUCAAACAGAAAUUCCUUGUUUUUAAAGAAAGACAACA